CUUCUGUCUUCCCUUCCCCGCAAAGCUGAAUUUCUCCCUCUGCUCACCUCUACCACAACGACUAAUCACCGCUCUCAGCACCAGACAUGAAGCCCAGCGUCUUUGAGAACCCGCACCCGGCGAUCAACAGCAUCGACGUCUCGUCGUUCCGGUACGAGUCGUAUGGCUGGCGCGACAUUCUCGUCCGCCUCGACGCGGGCACGGGCGUGCUGACGGUGGAGCUCAACCGGCCGGCGCGGCACAAUGCCUUUACAAACGACAUGUGCCACUCGCUCGUGUUUGCGUUUGAGCUCGCCGAUGCCGACGCCCGCGUCCGCGCCGUCGUCUUUACGGGCAAGGGCAAGAGCUUCUGCGCGGGCGCGGACCUCAGCGAGGGCUUUGGCGCAGACGCCAGCCUGCCCAUCAAUGCCCACCGGGACGGCGGCGGACAGGUGUCUGGCGCCGUGCUGCGGUGCAGGAAGCCUGUCGUGGCGGCCAUGAACGGAAACGCCGUCGGCGUCGGCAUCACCAUGGCGCUGCCCGCCGACAUGCGCUUCGUCUCUCGCGACGCCAAGCUUGCCCUCCCCUUUGUCAAGCGCGGCAUCACCAUGGAGGCCAUGUCGGCCUACAUCCUGCCCCGGCUCAUCGGCCACAAGAACGCCCUCGAGGUCUCGCUGACGGGCGACACCUACCUCGCGGCCGACUCGCCGUUUGCCGGACUCUUCAACGCCAUCCUGCCGGCCGAGGCCGUGCUGCCGCGCGCCGUCGAGGUGGCAACGAAGCUAGCGACGCAGAACAGCGUCGUGAGCAUGGCGCUCAACAAGAUGCUCAUCUGGCGCACGCCCGACUCGCCCGAGGCUACACACCUCCUCGACAGCGCCUGCAUCGCCGCGACGUCCAAGAGCGCAGACGCAAAGGAGGGCGUCCAGAGCUUCCUCGAGAAGCGCAAGCCAAAAUUCACCGGUGCCGUCCAGGACCUCGACCACUUUGGCUUCUACCCCUGGUGGACCCAGGUCGACACGGAUGUGCCCCGUCGCAAGGUCCGGGGAGACUCAAAGUCCAAGCUGUGAUUUGUGCUAAUGGUAGUAGUAAUGCAUUUCUCAUCUUGCUC